AUGCUGAAGGAAAUGGAAACUCUGGUCCGUGGCCCAUCUGCCGAGCGUAUUAAAGGUAUACUGCAGAAGUAUAAUUCUGGCUCAUCUGAUGCGUUGGAUGGAAAUCCAAGGCCUCAUCAUACAUCCAAUGUCCAGGGCCAGGGUUGGCCUGAGCGAUCCAGCUCAUCAUCUUCCAUCGGCUCCCUGGAGGCGGUAGACCGGGUCGAAGAUGAUCUCAAUCUAACAGAGAGCUCCCGAGCCACAGGCUACAUGGGCAAGAGCUCAGAGGUCACAUGGAUGCGGAGAGUAGAAGAAGAGGCAGAACAGCGCAGUCGAGGCCAGCCACCAAACUUCACUUCUAGCGACAAGGACAGCAGCACCCGAAUCGCUCCACACGUGAUCAAUUAUCAUCUUGACGACCUGGGCAUCGAUGCACCUGGGCCAGUUCAAAUGUAUUGGGUGCCUCCUCGACUACUAGCAGAUCAUCUGCUCGAGACUUAUCUACGCAUGGUCCACCCUCAUUUCCCCAUCAUCAACCGCACUAUGUUCUCUUCACAAUACAGAGCCUUCUUCAGUGACAUGUCCUAUGCAGACAGUAAAUGGCUGGCAAUAUUAAAUCUCGUAUUUGCAAUUGCGACAAAUUACUCAUAUAACAGUGAUGCGACACAGCGAAGGGAUACUCAAGACCAUCUGUUCUACCUAACGCGGGCUAGAAUGCUUAGUAUGAGUGGGGAUAAUAUAUUCCAACAUCCGGACAUUCAACAAGUGCAGAUAGAAGGGUUGAUUGCGUUUCACAUGCUAUCUACGAACCAAAUCAAUAGGGCGUGGCGAAUCUCGGCUUUAGCAAUUAGGUCCGCAGUCUCUCUGGGAAUCAACACGAAGACCAGUACUUGCAAAAUCUCAGCUGUCUCUAAGGAGGUUCGUUGUCGAAUUUGGUGGUGUCUGUUUGCAAUUGAGCACAAGUUAGGUUCGAUGACAGGCCGAGGAACCUCUAUCUCAAUUCAUAUGUCUACCACUCACCUGCCUCUUCCAUUCGACGAGGAUCAAUUUUCAGACCCAUCCGCCGCAGAGCUUCUCAAUGAUUAUGGACUAAGGGAAAAAUGCUUAAAUAUGGCCAUGACUAGCCCACACCUCCGGCAUACCGAUAGUCCGCAGACUGAUGAUACACUAACUGAGGCUGGGCAUGCAUGGCUUCGAGGGCUACCAGUCAAUUCCAGCAUCUACUUCCUAUACUAUUCCGAUCUGAUCGUCGUGAACCAAGAAAUUCUAGACCGGAUUUACAGCGCAGAAAGUGCAUCCGUAUCAUGGGAAGACGUCAAAGGCAGGAUCAAUCAACUGAAGACAAGCAUUGACACUUGGAAAUCGACCCUCCCGCCUGGGCUGAACUUUAGCACCAUGAAAGACGAAAACGACCAAACAUACUGGGCAAAGACGAACUUGGCAUUUCACUAUUACAGCAUACGAAUCAUUCUAGGACGACCCUGUCUCUGCCGGCACAGGACGCAUCAGCAGAAAGCCGACCGAGAAGGAUUCAGCCACGACAUGGCUGUCAUGACUUUAGAGUCUGCCAUGCACAUGCUUGAUCUAUUACCAAGUGAACCAAAUACCGCCCAUGUAUAUCAAUUCUGCCCGUGGUGGUGUUUUCUUCACUACAUCAUGCAGACAGCGACAGUAAUCAUCCUAGAAUUGUCAUUUGACUGUUUCCACAUGCCAGAUCGAAGAGGCAGUCUUCUCCAGUCAGCGAAGAAAUCUGUCAUGUGGCUCCACACAAUGUCCGAGCAUUGUAUCGCCUCCCAUCGUGCAUGGCAGCUGUGCGAAAAUGCACUUCGCCGUCUAAUGUAUACCAUGGGAUACGAUGCCAGUGAUACACAACAAUUUCCAAACCCAGGGCGGGACAGCCUCUUUGCUGAUCCUCCAGGCCUGAUGCUACCUACAUAUACAGAUGGAAGUAUGACUGGUGCGCAGUUCUUGCCGCAUAAUGGUAUUCCCCAAUCUUCGGUACCGGCAUAUGGAACUCAUGACGCGAGUCCGUAUACCAAUACUACAGCAUCUGAGGCCCUGUUCGUACAGACUGAACCAGUGCUUCCUGCAGGCGAUACAUACAUUCCUCAUGACCCGAUUAGCGAUGAGUUCAUUCGAUACUUCUUCCCUGGUUUGGAUGGGGAAGAAACACACCGUGGGGACGAUAACAAAUUCUGA